AUGUCCCAACCCCACCCCCACCACCCCCAGGAGGAGGACCAUUACCUGCCCACUCCCCUGGGCGCCGCCGCCACCCCCACCCCCGCCGACGCCCCCCACCUGCCCGGCGUGCUGCGGGCCACCUCGCCCUGCCCGCUCCUCUGCCACACGGGCACGGCGCGCGUGGCUCCUGGGGAAGUGGCCUACAUAAACGACCACGACGGACUGCACGCAGUCCGGUGUCCCCUGGACUGCCCCUCGGAGGAGGGCGGCAUCACGUUGCACCUCUACGCGCCCCCCAUCCGGCGUGUGAAGCUCUUUGAGCCGGAGAACGACAGGGUGGUGCAGCGCGUUCCAGGGUUCUUCACCAUGCGCGGCCAGAAGAUGCCCGCCGACAAGCUGUGA